CUGGGGGCGGGGCCUGGAGCGGAGCCGCAGUGGUGGCGCGGGAGCGCGGGAAGUCUGGAUCCCCGUGUGCGGCGGAUGGAGUAUGAGCCUGGACCGCGAGCUUCGCCAGCUGAGCAAGGCCAAGGCCAAGGCCCAGAGGAGCGGGCAGCUACGGGAGGAGGCCGCCCUCUGCCACCAGCUGGGGGAGCUCCUGGCCAGCCAUGGCCGCUACGCGGAGGCCCUGCGGGAACAUCAGCAGGAGUUGCAGCUCCUGGAGAGCGCCGACGACCCCCUGGGCUGCGCCGUGGCGCACCGCAAGAUCGGAGAGCGGCUGGCGGAGAUGGAGGACUACUCUGCUGCCCUGCAGCACCAGCACCGCUACCUGGAGCUAGCCCAUUCCCUGUCCAACCAUAUUGAGCUGCAGAGGGCCUGGGCUACCAUUGGCCGCACCCACCUGGACAUCUAUGACCACCACCAGACACAGGAUGCCUUGCUGCAGGCACAGACUGCCUUUGAGAAAAGCUUGGCUAUCGUGGACGACAAACUGCAGGGGACAUUGGCCAAGCGAGAACUGAGCGAGAUGAGGACCCGACUCUACCUCAACCUGGGCCUCACCUUCGAGAGCCUGCAGCAGAUGACCCUGUGCAAUGACUACUUCAAGAAGAGCAUCUUUCUCGCUGAGCAGAACCACCUCUAUGAGGACCUGUUCCGCGCCCGCUACAACCUGGGCGCCAUCCACUGGCGCAGAGGGCAGCACUCCCAGGCCAUGCGCUGCCUGGAGGGGGCCCGGGAGUGCGCACACAUCAUGAAGAAGGGGUUCAUGGAGAGCGAGUGCUGCCUGCUCAUCUCACAGGUCCUCCAAGACCUGGGGGAUUUUUUGGCUGCUAAAAGAACCCUGAAAAAGGCCUACAGGCUGGGCUCCCAGAAGCCUUUGCAGAAGGCGAUGAUCUGCAGGACCCUCAAGUAUGCAGUGCUGGCGGUUGUCCAGCUGCAGCAGCAGCUGGAGGAGUCCGAGGGCAGUGAUCCUCAGGGUGCCAUGGGCAUCUGUGAGCAGCUGGGGGACCUGUUCUCCAAGGCAGGCGACUUCCCCAAGGCGGCUGAGGCCUACCAGAAGCAGCUGCAUUUCGCGGAGCUGCUAAGCAGGCCGGGGCCCGAGUUGGCCGUCAUCCACGUGUCCUUGGCUGCCACCUUGGGAGACAUGAAGGACCACCGCCAGGCCGUGCACCACUAUGAGGAGGAGCUGAGGCUACAGGAUGGCAAUGCCCUAGAGGAGGCCAAGACCUGGUUGAACAUUGCGCUGUCCCGAGAAGAGGCUGGCGAUGCCUAUGAGCUGCUGGCGCCAUGCUUUCAGAAGGCUCUCAGCUGUGCCCAACAGGCUCAGCAGCCCCAGCUGCAGAGGCAGGUCUUGCAGCACCUCCACACCGUGCAGCUGAGGCUGCAGCCCCAGGAGGCCACUAGCACUGAAGCCAGAUUGCAGGAGCUGAGUGUGGCCAAAGAUGAGGACAAGGACGAGGAGGAGGAGGAGGAGGAAGAGGGGGAUGACAAUGCCUUGGAGACCAGUGAGGUGGAGCUCUCAGAGAGCGAGGAUGAGGUGGAUGAGGAGCUGCAGGGCUGCCUGGGUCGGCGAAGAAUGACCGAGUGGAGUCGACGCAAUGACGUCGGGGAGACCAUGCUGCACCGAGCCUGCAUUGAGGGCCAGCUGGGCCGCGUCCAGGACCUCGUGAGGCAGGGCCACCCCCUGAACCCUCGGGACUACUGUGGCUGGACACCCCUGCACGAGGCCUGCAACUACGGGCACUUGGACAUCGUCCGCUUCCUGCUGGACCAUGGGGCUGCAGUAGAUGACCCUGGUGGCCAGGGCUGUGAGGGCAUCACUCCCCUGCACGAUGCCCUCAACUGCGGCCACUUCGAGGUGGCUGAACUGCUCAUCGAGCGAGGGGCAUCAGUCACCCUCCGAACCAGGAAGGGCCACAGCCCACUGGAGACGCUGCAGCAGUGGGUGAAGCUGUAUUUCAAGGAUCUGGACAGCGAGACACGAGAGAAGGCUGGCGCCAUGGAGAGGCUGCUCCGAGCGGCCUCCUUGCGCCAAGCUCCUGACAGCUCCCCAGCUCCCCAGACCCUCCUAAGUAACCAUCUGUUUGACCCUGAGACCUCUCCUCCCUCGAGCCCCUGCUCAGGACCCCCAGAGGCCUCUCAGGCCAGUGUCAGGGUCUCCCAGGGGCAGGCAGUGCCAGCUUUGGCCAGGCCUCGGAGGAGCAGGCACAAGCUGGCCAGCAGUAGCAGCUCAGAGGGCGAGGACAGUACAGGCCCCCCCAGGCCGACCCAGAAGAGGCCCCGGCACUCUACCCCAGCACAACAGGCCAAGGCCCGGAUGCCUGGCCCCACCAGUGACAGGGAGGCAGCUGCAGCGAGUUCUGGCCAGGCAGCCUAUGUGGCAGCCAUCCGAGGCGUGGGCAGUGCCCAGAGCUGCCGCCAGGGCCCUGGUCCACCUCGGGGCCCAGGCGAAGCUCCCAUCCCCUGGGCAGCGCUCAUCCCCGAGGAGGAGUGCUUGGCUGGGGACUGGCUGGAAGAUGACUCCCUGCUGACCCACGGCCACUGGGGCAGCCGCCCUCCCCGCCCCCAGGGCAGAGGGGACGGUACCAGGCACAGUGUCUUGAGAUCAGGCAGAGACGAGAGCCCUGUCAGGCUGCGGGCCCAGGCCAGGCAGAGCCAGCUGCCCCAUCUCAAGAGUUGGAGUGCACUGGCUGGGGCAGGUGGAGACCACAGCUCUGCUGCAGAGCCCCCACGGAGCCCGGAUGUCCCCAGGGCCUUGGGGCCCAGCGGAGAGAACCCUGCAGCAGGCCAGCCCUCGGGUCCAGUCCUGCCCGCUCCCAUCCGGGUUCGAGUUCGAGUUCAGGAUAAUCUUUUUCUCAUCCCCGUCCCACACAGCAGGGAGGCUUACUCUGUGGCCUGGCUGGCCGAACAGGCCGCCCAGCGCUACUACCAGGCCUGUGGGCUGCUACCGCGGCUUACUCUACAAAAGGAGGGGGCCCUCCUGGCCCCGCAGGACCCCAUCCCCGACGUGCUGCAGAGCAAUGAGGAGGUGUUGGCUGAAGUGACUUCUUGGGACCUCCCCCCACUGACCGACCGCUACCGCAGGGCCUGCCAGAGCCUGGAGCAAGGGGAGCACCAGCAGGUGUUGCAGGCCAUGGAGCGCCACGGCUCAGGCCCCUCGUUCAGCGCCUGCUCCCUGGCCCUGGGCCAGGCCCAGCUCACACCCCUGCUGCGGGCGCUCAAGCUGCACGCGGCACUCCGGGAGCUGCGCCUGGCAGGGAACCGGCUGGGGGACGGAUGUGCCGCUGAGCUGCUGGCUGCCCUGGGCACUGUGCCCAGCCUGACCCUCCUCGACCUGUCCUCUAAUCACCUGGGCCCUGAAGGCCUGCGCCAGCUUGCCACGGGCCUCCUGGGGCACACCACCUUGCAGAACUUGGAGGAGCUGGAUUUAAGCAUGAAUCCCCUUGGCAAUGGCUGUGGCCAGGCCCUGGCCUCUGUCCUGCGGUCCUGCCCCUCACUCAUCACCCUGCACCUCCAGGCCUGUGGUUUUGGCCCCAGCUUCUUCCUGAGCCACCAGAUGGCCCUGGGCAGUGCCUUCCAAGAUGCCAAGCGCCUGAAGACGCUGUCCCUGUCCUACAACAUGCUGGGCACCUCCGCCCUUGCUCAGGCCCUGCAGAGCCUGCCCACCCACACCCUCCUGCGCCUGGAGCUCAACUCCGUGGCAGCCAGCAAGAGUGACACAGGCCUCAUGGAGCCCGUGGUCAGAUACCUAACUAAGGAAGGCUGUGCUCUGGCGCACCUGAGUCUGUCUGCAAACCACCUGGGUGACAAGGCAGUGAGAGACCUGAGCAGAUGUCUCCCUCUGUGCCCCUCGCUCAUCUCACUGGACCUAUCUGCCAACCCCGAGAUCGGCUGUGCUGGCCUGGAGGAGCUCCUGUCUGUCCUCCAGGAGCGGCCCCGAGGCCUCAGCUUCCUCAGCCUGUCAGGCUGUGCCGUCCAGGGCCCCCUGGGCCUGCGCCUCUGGGACAAGAUCACUGCGCAGCUACAGGAGCUGCAGCUGUGCAGCAGACGCCUCUCCGCCGAGGACCGGGACGCCCUGCGCCAGCUGCUGCCCAGCCAGCAGGGCCCCGGCGCCUGCACCGUGGACCGCGGCCCCAAGCUCUUCUUCAGGCGCCUCUGACGGUGCCGCCCCGCCCCCCUCCUCCACGAAGCCCUAAUAAACCAGCGCGGCUGCUGCUGCAAGGCCGAAAGCGGAUGUCCGCUUUGCCAUAGGGAAGCU